AUGGCCGAAGUUCAGGGACAGGCUCGUGCUGCAGAGGAGAACCCGCUUCUGGCGGCGCGACCACCCGCUACAGAUGCCAUCACCUACCUUACCAUUGUCGAGUACAACCUUUCCGAGGAGAAUCUACCAGUACUACACGAAGUCCUGCAAGAUGCCGAGCUCACUUCGACUAUCGGCUGGGACUUGAUCCACCUACUGCUCCCGCUGCUGCCGGCAUCUGAGGAAUGCUUGCAAGAUAUCGCUACCAAGGGCAAUCCCCGCGAAUGUGUCUUGAAGGUCACUGAAGCUCUGAGAUUACUGGAAUUUGAGGAACGACAAUAUUCGGAAGACGAGGAGGGAGAGGGCGCAGAAGGAAGCGGACAGAAGCUCAAAGCUCCCGAGAUUGAGGUUGGACAGUCAAGCACGAGUCCGGGAUUACCGCGCACCAUACUGCCACCACUUCCAGUACUCAAAUUUGAGAUCCUUCUGGAUCUUCUGGCGACACUUCAUCGGAGAGUGAAGACCAAAUACCCUAGCCGCUUUCUGUCGACAAGCUUGCAGGCUGCCCUGGUGGCUUUCAAUAGAGCGACCACCAACAUCGAUGAGCUCACACUAUCUGCGAUCAAAUUCGUGAAGACUCUGUCUGGUACUAAGAGACCCCAUUUGCCUUCACGAAGGAGUAGUGGCCAGCUGCUGCGUACCAGGACAAAUCAAUCGGAACCAGAUCCGGAGGCGCAGAGCGAAGCACCGAAUGCUGAUGAGACAACAUUGGUAAACCGACUGCUGCAGUCAUUCAUCACACAUAUUAUGGAAGACUAUGUACUCUCUUUGACUUCAGACGACGAUGUCCCAGGCUUAUCAUGGUCAAGUCGGCUGAUGGAGAAGUACGAGCCGCAGCGGAUACCGAAGAAGCCCAACUACCGCAAGUAUGCGGACAGAUUUGCGGAUGAUGAGGAUCUGACUGGAAGGACUGCUAUUCUUGGGCAGAUAGUUGCUCUAACUCAGGAUCUUGGUCUCAAAACCGAGGAUCUGGUAAAAACGGUCAUGGACGCAGAGCUUGAGAAACGCGGCGUCCCUGGAACCGAGGACGAACCGCCAGCAUCUGCUGAAGAUAUUCCACUGUCUAGGACAGGAGCGUUGCUCCUUUUGACAGCACGCAACGUGAAGCAAGAGCUAUUCGCCGCAGCUAAAGACGAUGAGCCAUCAUCCCUCAGCAUCUUCCCAGAACAUGCGGCGAUCCUCAGCAAUUUCGUCGGUGCACUGGGCCCACAGACUGUCGGUCUGGAGCCGGAGGCACUUCUCGACACCAUUCUGGCUCUGGGCCUCGUUGCGCUCGAGCAGAACAACAUUGGCGAGCCAAAAGAUGACGAAGCAUUCGCGCAAUACCUUCAGACCAUCUCCCUCAUCUCAGCAAACACACCGUCGCCAAGUCUCCGCGGCCACGCACACUACCUCACGACCACUGUGCUGCGCUCACACCCACAUGAUCUCGUCCGCCUCACUUUCAUCCGUGACACGCUCGAGCACUGUCCAUACGAAAACCUGAAGGCCAGCGCAGUGUCCUGGCUCAAAGGCGAAACACUAGAAGCAAACUCCCCGCAAGCGCAGUCACAGGAAGAAGAAGGCGAGACAAAUAUCUUUGCCACGCCAGUCGCUCUCUCAACCGUCGCGCCUUUCCUCUGGCCCGACCUGACCACCCACUACACCUCUCUCGAAACCGACAUUGCAGAAGCAUGGAUACAGUUCCGCCAAGAACUAGGCUUCUAUGUCGCUGCGCUGAACUUUUACUAUAUGUUGCUUCAGGCGCCGCAACUCCAUGAUACGUUGGGUAUCAAGCAGCUGCAGCUGGGACAGUAUAUCGACCCGCUGAAGAAGGUGGCGAAGAGGUUUCAACAGGAGUUGGAGGCGGGUGGGGAGAACUUGGAUCUUGAGGGUGAGGGGCUCGAGCAGGCGAAGGCGGAUGUUGGACUUUUGGAGAAGGUGGUGGAGUGGGUUGAGGGCGCAGGGAAGAGGGUUUAG